AUGCUGCUCUCACGCAGCGGAAGAUGCCUCCCUCAACGGGUCUCCCUGGCUUCGCUGGCCAGCUCAGUAGCCGUGUACCCUCCUUCAUCUCACCGGUGGUACUCGGCAGACAACACCAACCUCAGCUAUCGUCGCGGGCCGACGACGCCAGAGCUCUUCCGGGGCACCAUCCCCGAGCACUUUGCUCGGACCGUCUCCGCGCAUGGCGACCGCCCUGCUGUCAUUGCGCGCUCGCCCAUCCCCUCCUCGUCCUCCGGCAUAUCGGCGCCAGAGACGCGCUUGACCUACUAUGACCUGGAUAUGCUCUCCAACCGCCUCGCCUCGUCACUCGCAGACCUCGGCGUGUCCAAGGGGGACCGCGUGGCCGUAUCACUCGGCAACGGCGCCCCCUUUGCCGCCCUGACAUAUGCAUUGUUCAAGUUGGGUGCGGUCCUGGUUCCACUGAACCCGACCUUUACCAGUGUCCAGGUGUCCGCUGCCUUGAAGCACUUGGAGGCCGAGGUCCUCAUCAUGGGCGCCGUGACGGAUCUGGCCUAUCGACCUGGCAAGGGCAGAAGUAACGAGUCCCUCAUCAAGGACGUCGCGGGAGACAUCGCUUCAUCCACCAUCCAGAGCGAGGCGGUCCCGUCCCUACGAAAGGUGGUGGUGCUCGAUAAUCGGGCAUCUCACCAGGACGUGUCAUUUCCCCUGGAGAGGUACCCUGCAUUAACACCCUAUGGGACCCUCCUAUCCGGGUCAUCGGGUCCCGUCACGCCAUCGACACCUCUGUCGCCCAGUGACACGAUCAACAUCCAGUUCACCUCGGGGACAACCUCGAUGCCCAAGGCGGCCAUGCUCAGCCACACAUCCAUCCUGAACAAUGGCCGCUUCAUCGCCCACAGGAUGGGUCUCGAGCCCUCAGAUCUCAUCGUCGUGCCGCCCCCCUUGUUCCACUGCUUCGGCUGUGUGCUCGGCUACAUGGCCACCGCCACGACAGGCGCGGCCAUUCUGUUCCCCUCGCCGGCCUUUGACCCCGUGGCCACGGUCAAAAUGAGCUACGAGCACGACGCCACCGGCCUAUAUGGUGUGAGCACCAUGCUCCUCGCGGUGCUCGAGUCACUCGACAAGGGUAUCAUCCCUUCCGCGCCCAAGAACCUGCGCAAGGGCAUCGCGGCCGGUAGUUCCGUCCCCAGCGCCGUCAUGGAAAAGGUCCAGAGCAAGCUCGGCCUGCAGGACCUCGUCAUCUGCUACGGCAUGACAGAGACCAGCCCCGUCAGCUGCAUGACCAAGCCGUCGGACCCCUUUACGUACCGGACGACGUCUGUCGGCACCGUCAUGCCGCACACCGGCGUCAAGAUCGUCUCGCCCACCGACAGGGACACCAUCUUGCCCAUUGGCGAGAAGGGGGAGCUGGCUGCCGCCGGCUACCUCACAAUGAAGGGGUACUUUAACGACCCGGACAAGACGGCCGAGGUGCGGGUCCCCGAUCCCGAGACGGGCGAGAUAUGGAUCUACUCUGGUGACGAGGCCGAGAUGUCGCCAGAUGGCUACGUGACCAUCACCGGCCGUAUCAAGGACCUCAUCAUCCGCGCCGGCGAGAACAUUCACCCCCUCGAGAUUGAGAAUGCCCUCUUCACCAUGCCCGGCGUCCAGGAGGUCUCCGUUGUCGGGGUCCCGGACGAGAAGCUCGGCGAGGCCGUCGCGGCCUUUAUCAUCUGCAGCGAUGGCUCGACGGGCAGGACGGUGACGGACAAGAGCGUGAGGGACUGGGUCAAGGACCGCCUGAGCGGGCAUCUGGUCCCGAAAUGGGUCUUUUGGGUCGAUGCGUACCCCAAGACGGCGAGUGGGAAGAUUCAGAAGUUCAAGCUGAGGGAGUUGGCUGGGGAGCUCAUGAAAUCAAGCAAGUAG